UGGAGAAGAGGGCGGAUGACAGCCGGGACCGUGGUCAUCACAGGUGGAAUAUUAGCGACUGUCAUUUUACUUUGUAUCAUCGCCGUCCUCUGCUACUGUAGGCUACAGUACUACUGCUGCAAGAAGGAUGAGUCCGAGGAGGACGAGGAGGAGCCCGAUUUCGCCGUGCACUCCCACAUCCCUCCGCUCCACUGCAACCGCAACGUAGUGCUGACCAACGGCCCGUCCCUCUACCCCUCGUCGCCCUUCACCAAGAAGGCGUCUGCCAACCGGUCCAGCUGCCCCAGCUGCACCCCCUACGAGCCCCCCACCUUCUUCCUGCAGGAGCCCCCCGAGGAGCUGCACAACGGAGGCGACCGGGUGAGCUACAAAACGGUGAGCCAAGAAGAUCUCGAUCUGCCGGCGAGCGUGGGCAAC